AUGGCGUAUAUGGUGGUGACGGUCGGGAUGGCGCUCGGAUCGUGGGCGGUGUUUAGCCUGUAUGCGACCAACACGGAGAAGCUAUCGUCGAGCAUCCUCAAGUCGGUGAUCUCGCAGGUCAAGGCAUCACCUCUCGUCGUCGAUCUGCUCGACACACACGAACCAAUCGUGCUCAAACCCGAACUCUGGCUCGCCAACAAGCCACACAUCCAAGGCUCAGUCAACAUGAUGCAAGGCCGCAUCGACCUCGCCUUCAAAAUCCACCCACGAAACAACCACACCAACACAGCCACCGUCUACUUCACCUCGAUCCGUCCACACAAACACGCCCCCUUCCACAUCCUCCGCUUCCUCGUCAUCCACAACCACUCGGCUAAAUCCGUCAACCUCCUAGACUCCAACCUCACCUCGAUCCACCCCUAA